AUGCUCCCACUUCAUCUUCUACUCUUUGCUUUCGACUUGGUCGUGCCCGCUAAGGCCGCAAUCAGCGCAGCGACAUCCAACUUUACUGUUGCUGCUGGCUGGUAUCCAGGCUAUCACUUUGACCAAGUCCCUCUCUCCUCCGUCCUCUGGAACAAAUACACCCACCUCAUAUACGCUUUCGCCACGCCAACAGAAGACCCGAACUCGAUUUCCCUGGUUGAUUCCGACGCAGAACUGUUGCCACAGUUUGUUGCUGCAGCGCAUAAGAAUGGUGUUGCGGCCGGUUUGUCAAUCGGUGGUUGGGGCGGGUCAACUUAUUUUUCUUCAAACGUCGCAACUCCGGCAAACAGAACUGCAUUUGUCAAAAGCGUAGUUGGUCUGAUCGAAAAAUACCAGUUAGACCUGAUCGACUUUGACUGGGAAUUCCCUGGAAUGCAAGGCAUUGGAUGCAACCUCGUCUCAGAAAACGACACUGAAAACCUGUUACUUAUGCUUCGAGAACUAAAGGCCUCUCCGCAAGGCUCAAAAGUGUCGCUUUCUGCUGCGACCUCGGUCCAACCAUUCCCCACUACCAACACAACACUCGUUUCGCAGUUUGCAUCUGUGUUGAACUGGAUAACUCCUAUGGUCUACGAUCUUUCGUGGAAUUGGACCGCUGGCUCCAGGCGGCUACAGAGAGCACUACCCUCGGCGCCAUUAGAUGACUCGUGUUUUUCGGCGGCGUCGGGAGAGAAUAUCACCGGGUUGGGUAGCGCUAAGAGCGCUGUAGAAGCCUGGGUCGGUGCAGGGAUUCCUCGAAAUCAAAUCGCUUUGGGGGUUCCGGCUUAUGGCCAUUCAUUCGAUGUCAACAGGACCACUGCGUUCCUAACCACACCAAGCUUGUCUUCUGGCCUGCCUUCGAUGUCAUCUUCUCCCCUUCAACUUGUACCAUAUCCAGUCUACGAUACGCUGAACCAUACGCCUGGCGAUGCCUGGGAUGGCACAGGUGGAAUAAAUCAAUGCGGGGUUUACACAGGCCCAGGCGGUACUUUCGCCUUCUUUUCGCUCAUCUCCGCCAAAUACCUUUUGGCGAAUGGCUCGAUCGCCCCAGGAAUUCCUUACCGUUGGGACGAGUGCUCACAAACACCAUAUCUUUAUGCCGCCAACCACGGCAAACAAGGUGUUCUAAUCUCUUAUGUCGAUCCACGUAGCUUCGGGGUGCGCGGUCAGUUCGUCAAGGCCAACAAUUUGGCUGGCUUCUCAAUGUGGGAGGUCGGUGGCGAUCCGCAAGGAUUGUUGGUCGAUGCUAUAUUAUCGGCCACUACAAAUGCAAGCCUGACUGUUUCGCCGUCAGCUUCUGCUGCUCAUGGUGCACCCACACCAGGGUCAAGUAGCGCGAGUCGAAGGUCGGCUUCGAUGCUCCACCUGGGUUUCCCAUUCCUGGCUGGAUUGCUCGCAUUCGUGUCUUAG